AUGUCUUCGGAUCCAUUUUUUGUUACUCAAAAGUCCAAAAAACGCAAGCCUGUGACGGAUAUAUCUUCAAAUGAAAAAAAAAUUAAGGCACAAACUGGAGGAAAUAUCCCUCAAGCAAAAGGAAAAAUAAUACCAGCUUCGUCAUUAAAUAAUACAAAUGGUAGUAAGAACCAAAAUAAAAAGAAGCUAGUUGACAAGAAAAUAGAUCAGGAAGAAGAAAAAUUAAGUAGUGAAGAUGACAUUGGACCUGGUGGUAUUGAUGACAUGGACUUUGAUAAGGAUAGUGACAAGGAAGAAGUAAGUGACGGAAAUGAAUUCGAUAAUAGGGAAACUCCAGCAGAGAAAAGGAGACGACUUGCUAAGCAGUAUAUAGAAUCUGUCAAGGAAGGAUUAGAUGAUGUAGGAUUUGAUGCUGCAGAAAUUGAUCGAGAUUUAAUUGCAGAGCGUCUCAAAAAGGAUGCGUUAGAACAAACAGGUCGCGCUCAUCGUAUAAUAGCAGAUACGUUUGCUUUUCCUAUUGAGGAUCCUAGUAUAAAAUCUGGACGUCAUGAACUUACAGUUACAUGCGUUGCUAUAGCAGAAAAUGGCCAAAUCUUUUAUACGGGAUCAAAAGACGCUUCUAUAAUAAAAUGGAACUUGUUAACCGGAAAAAAAUUGCACACAUUUCCAGGAGGCCGAAAGGAAGUAAAGAAUUUUGAUGGCCAUAAUCAUCAUGUUUUAUCAUUGGCUAUGAGUUCAGAUGGUAAAUAUCUAGCAAGCGGUGGUGCGGACAAAAAAAUUAACAUAUGGUCUGUUAAAGAGGACAAGUUAUUAAAGUGUUUUACACAGCAUAAGGAUUCAAUAUCUGGUCUUGCUUUUCGUAAAGGCACUAAUCAACUUUAUAGUGCUUCGUUUGAUCGAUCAAUUAAAUUAUGGGACAUAGAUGAAUUAUGUUACAUCGAUACCCUAUAUGGUCACCAGGAUCAAAUUAUGGCAAUAGAUACACUUUCACGCGAAAGAUGUGUUUCGGUUGGUGCCCGAGAUAAAACAUGCAGGAUGUUUAAAGUU